UUCAAACUCAAAUUCCUUAUCUUGGAUCACCUUGUUUUUCUCUUCAUAAUAUUAAUUCUUUUAAUCUUCCAGCUGAAACAGAAACAAGCAAUGGUUGUACCAUCUCCUUCACCAAUACGAACCAAGAAAACCAAGGCAGUAGGAAUUCCCACAAUCGAUCUAUCAAAUUACAAUAGGUCAAAGCUAUCGGAACAAAUUGUCGAGGCCUGUGAAGAGUAUGGUUUCUUCAAGGUGGUGAACCACGGCGUCCCGAAAGAGGUCAUUGAGAGAAUGGAAGCACAAGGUGCUGAUUUUUUCGCCAAACCCGCCAUGGAGAAGCAACGAGCUGGCCCGGCUUGUCCUUUUGGUUAUGGCUGCAAAAACAUUGGCCGCAAUGGUGACAUGGGAGAGCUUGAAUACCUUCUCCUUCAAACCGAUCCUCUCUCUGUUUCCGAGAGAUCCAAUGCCAUCUCCAACGAGCCUACAAAAUUCAACUGUGCAGUAAAUGAUUACACAGAAGCAGUUAAGGAAUUGGCAUGUGAGAUUCUUGAUCUGGUGGGUGAGGGGCUAUGGGUUUCAGACAAGUCUGUGUUCAGUAGGUUCAUCAGAGACGUCCAGAGUGACUCAAUUCUGAGGCUUAAUCACUAUCCUGCGGUGAAGGACCCAUCACCAAAACAACAGCUUCAUCCGUAUGGUAACAAUAAUAGGAUUGGAUUUGGAGAGCAUUCUGACCCUCAGAUCUUGACCAUCCUAAGAUCCAACAACGUGGGGGGCCUUCAGAUUUCACUGCAUGAUGGCUUGUGGGUUCCCGUCCCUCCUGACCCCAAUCACUUCUUUGUAAUGGUUGGUGAUGCAUUACAGGCUUUGACGAAUGGGAGGUUAGUAAGUGUGAGACAUAGGGCAUUGGCAAACUCAGUUAUGAAGCCAAGGAUGUCGAUGGUGUACUUUGGGGCACCACCCCUAAAUGCAUGGAUGUCUCCACUUCCGGAGAUGGUGUCGCCGGAGAAGCCCAGCCUCUACAAGCCCUUCACAUGGGGCGAGUACAAGAAAGCAGCAUACACUACACGAUUGGGAGAUUCACGUCUCGACCAUUUCAAGAUUAAUAAUAAUAAUAAUAAUAAUCACACCUGCAACGAUCAAAUUCCAUGUCCAUGCUUGGACAAUCUUGUACAAUAAUAUUAUUAGAAUAUAUAUAGUUGUAAUGUACGUAUAUAUGUAUGGCUAGCUAGGUCACAAUGGUAGUUGAAAUUGAAGGUUGAUGGGGAAAUUUUUGCUUUGAUAUAUAUUUAAGCACUUCCCCAUUUAUUUAUUUCUAGUUGCAUGUUGAUUUGUUUGAAUAUCAAUGCAUAAGACUAGCUAGCUAUGUAUAGGAAGGUCUGAAAGUAAAACUAGUAUGCCAAUGGGUUCCCCCUUUCCCCCAUGGCACCCCAGUUCGAACUCCAAUGUAACCGGAAAAAAAAAAGGAAAAAAAAAAAAAAACUAGUAGCUUAAUUAAUGUACG